GCAUCAUUUAGGUCUCUGUCUCUACAAUUUAUUCGAGCGAUCUUCAACGCUAGUUUUUGUUUGGUAAGCUCAUUUUCUUCUCUCCUAAUGUUUCGUUUCUUCUUCUCCUUUUACGUCGAUCGUUGACAAGGUCAACAAACAUUAUUCCUUCUUUUCAUUUUGUUUUGCAUAUAAUCCACUCUUCUUCGCAUCAUUUCUUCUUUGUCAAGAAUCUUUUACUUUUGCCCUGUUUUCUGUAUUUUCCGACAUCGAUUUUUCCAUGCAGUAACAACGCGAGCCAGAUUCUAAUUAACUUUAUCAGCAAGACAAAGCAAUGAAGCCAGGAGCAUUUGCAUUGAAUCCACAUGCAGCAUCGUAUGUACCAAUCUCCAAAAGAGUGGAUUAUGGUGGCGGUGAUGAUGGUUUGGUGUUUGCAGCAAAGUCCCCCACGGUUGAAGUGUCAAUGCCGAAGAAAUCCUCUGAAAUGGCUUAUAAGCAGAUCAGGGAUGAUGAUUUGGAUUUGGAGAUGGAUAUAGACAUGGAUAUUGAAUACCUUCUUGUCACUUUCUCUGGUCUCUCACAAGAGUCUAUCACUGAUGUUUACCUCGCUAAUGGCGGUGAUCUUGAAGCAACCAUUGAGAUGCUGAAUCAGCUUGAGAUAUACAGCACUGAAUCUGAAGAAAACCUGCCAGAGACACUUGAUAUUGGGGAUAUCUCUGAGUCAGGGCCUUCAACAUCAAAAUCUACUGAAGUCGCUGCAUCCACAUCAUCGGUUAUCCCUAAUGCACCUGUAUCGGCCUGAUCUCAUGAAUCCUUUAGUUGUGAAGUUUUGCUUCUUCUUCUUUUUCUUUUGUUUUGGUUUGCAUACCCAUAAUAAGUACAGUAAUGGGGGUAUUGUAUCAAUGAAGUUGAUGGUAUCUAAGAGAAAUGAUGAUAUGUGAGUAGUUGGAAAAUGUAUAGUUUUGGAAGUUCAAAUCUGAGUGGUGUGUUGUUUGGGCAGAUUAGAUUAGUCUGGUCUUUUUUGACCCCUUUUUUUAUUUUGCAGCUCCAUCUGUGGAUUGGAUUUUCCUAUGAAUAAUAUGAUAUUGAUAUGUUUAUUAUGGUGUAUAUGUAAUCAUCCUUUUAAAACUAGUACCAGUAACUUUGAC